AUGGUACCAAGUCCUAAUGAAUCAUUCUCAAGAUUGACAAGUGGCGUUCACUCUUCCUGUCAUGCAUCAUGUUCACCUUCUUCUUCUUCUUCUUCUUUGACAACAACAUCAUCCAACACAACAUGCCCCAACCACAGCAACAAUGUGAAUAGUAGUCAUUUCCCACUCAUCUUCUCCAAAAAUAGUAGCAUCACAGCCUCCACCUUCAAAGAACAAUCAUUUCAUCUUGAGAAUCACAUGUGUCUUGACUCUUAUUCGCCACCUUCUUCUUCUUCUUGGAAUGAAAGAGUUCUUCCCUCUCGAGAGGAUUCUCUCAUGUAUCAUCACCAUGUGGAAUUUAAAGACACAAAUGACAUUCCAUGUUCCUGCACAUGUUGUUCGAAUUGUAUUGUCGUUCCCAAUUCUCCAACCACAAAAACAACAACCUCAUGCUUAAAGUCGUAUUUCAUUCAAAAUCAACAAGAACAACAAGCCGAACCUUCGAAUCAAAAGAUAAUGAAGGAUCUUGACAUGCAACCCAUCAUGAUGAGGUGCUGUCAUCCUUCAACCGAACAUGUCCAAAGGAAUGAAUUAUGGUCAACAUUAUUCUCUCAAAGCUAUGACAUGUUAUCAGAAUUUUCAUUGAACCAUCUUGUCGAAUUCUUUUAUUUAUUUCCUUUGAGUUUUGAAUUGAAACUAGUGACGAUUGAAGAUUUUCAAAACGAUUCAAAUAGUAGUGCAACCAAUGGUUUCAUUGGUUUCAUUCAAAAUUCAUCUUUCGAUUGUUCAAUGAAACAAUUUAAUGAUCAUUCUUCUCAUGAAUGUGUAGGUUCAACAACGAAUCAAAGUAAUGUCUUGUCACAAUUGUUGAAAUUUCACAAACAGGACGACAAAUCCCUCCUAUAUUCGAAGAUGAACCUUUUCAAUCCGUCUUCACUGCCAUCCUCAACACUCCUUGUGACCAAAGAAGAUUCAACGCUUGGCAGUUCUUGUUCUUCAUCUUCUUCUUCAAUUCUGAAUGCAUCAUGUUCUGAAAGUCCAUUGAACGGUUCUCAGUCGACGACCACUUCUUCCAAUCAGAACUUGCUUUUAAAUUCUAAUUCCACACCACAACAAGAACAAAUUCUACACACUCAACAAGAAGGUGUGAAUAUUAACUCUUCCAAAGGUCAAGAAAUUCUUCUGUACGACAAGAUUAUGAAACGAAAACGAGGAAGACCUCCAAAAACAGGUUAUCAUGUCGAAUUUUCUGAACAUACCUAUUCCAUGAUUUUGAAUAACAAGAUGGAGGCCAUUCACAUUGAAAAGACAAAAAAUCGAAGAGGAAAAAACAGAAAGAGUCGAAUUUUGAAGAAUAUUUUGGACAUUCAGGAACGAACACAGAAUAAUCAUGCAUCUUCAACCAAGGUGUUGAAUAAAUUAAAAAGAAAUGAUUAA